ACGACAACACAGGCGUGACGUCAGCAGAAUUUGUACUGUUUUCCGUUUUGGACCGCUCUGCUUCUCCAACGGACGUACAGCUCCGAAUUUAAAAGUUUAGUCGACGUUAUUCCUGUCAAAAGUGAAGAUGGAGUUUCCCGAUCUCGGUCAGAAUUGCCAUGAGCCAACAUGUAAUCAAUUGGAUUUUCUCCCAAUGAAAUGUGAUUCCUGCUCAAAUAUUUUCUGCAAGAACCACAUUAGAUAUGACCAGCAUAAGUGUGCAGCAGGUUUUAGGAAGGAUGUUCAAGUCCCGGUGUGCCCUCUGUGUAAUAAGCCUGUACCAGUGAAGCGAGGGGAAGCCCCUGAUAUAGGCGUGUCCGAUCAUAUAGACCGUGAGUGCCAGUCUGACCCUGCUGUCAAGAAAAGAAAGGUCUAUUCCAACAGGUGUACCAAGAAAGGAUGCAAGCAAAGAGAACUUGUUCCAGUUUUAUGUUCCUCCUGUCAUAAGAACUUCUGUUUGAAGCAUCGGCAUACUGUGGACCAUGAUUGUCAAGGCUUCCAAAACUCGGGAAAAAAUGUAUCUAAACAAGGGGCAGCUGCAAUUAAUAGGCAACAAGUCAAUAAUAGGCCAGCGCCUUCAUCAUCAUCAUCAUCAUCAUCUAGAAAUCGGCCUCAGCAAACCUCUUUGACUGCACUGGGAAGAGAUCUUGACAGAGAGAGGAGAGAGAGACUGCUAGCAGGAAGACAACGUGGUGUAGAUAGUACAAUGCAAGCAGGCAUGUCAGAGGACGAGGCAAUGGCUAGGGCCAUCCAGAUGUCAUUAGCCGAAGAGAACCAAUCGUCCAAGUCAGCAAGACCACCUGUGAAUCCAAGGUCACUACAGCAGGAGGAUGAAGACCUUGCACUAGCCAGGGCGCUGGCUGCCAGCGAGGAGGAAGAGAGGAAUCGUCGCAGGCGGCAGGUCGUCUAUUAAUUCUGCUCAAUAAUGUUGAUUCUGUUCCAUACAGCAACGGCAAGAUUCUGAAAGUGAUUCUAAGUGUUCUCUCUCCUGAUUGGUCAAGUGGCCACUCCUCCCCACUGAAUGGACCAAUCAGCAUUGCUAGUAGCUUGGUGCCUAUUCCAGUCAUGACAGCUAGGCUAUUCUCUCAUCAUGUGAAGACAGCUCAUGACCGAUGCUAACGCUGGGAACAUCUUCCUUUGCCAUUUCAUUCAUUGAGCAAGAUGUUAAGGGUUGCAUGAUUGAAUUUUGAAAUAUUGCAACAUUGAAACUUCCUGAAAAUGAUAUGUGGGAUAUUUGGGUCAUAUUGUCAAAAGUUAUAUGUCGUUAUUGUCAAAAGCUGAAGUUUGAAAUGAGAGAAGAAAGCGAUAUGAAACCUACCCAAUCCAACUCACCAGAGUCAAAGGGAAAUGGUCAGAAUGCAUAAUCAAUCUUAACCAAUUGCCCACUCCCAACCCUUUCCUCACUUCUUCUUGCUUUAUACAGUGUGUAUGAACAAAAAAAUAACACUCUGGAAAAUCUCUGUGAAAAAGAUGUACAGGAUCAGAAUUAAUGACCUUACAUUCAUGUUACAAUAUCAAUGUUAAAUUAACCCU